GGCAUGACGUUUUGACGCCGUUUCUUCGCUGAGCGCGGCAAACAUAGCCGUCGUCAAAGUAAAACGUAUCCAAAAAACUCCGAAAGAGGACACAUUUGAUCUAGUUUUCUUCUUAACUGUUACCAAAAUACAUGGCGUUAACAAGCAAAGGGCAAUUACAGACCAGAAACCUGCCAUGGGUUGAAAAAUACAGACCUCAGACACUGGAUGAUUUAAUUUCACACAAAGACAUUCUGAGCACCAUCCAGAAGUUCAUCAGCGAGGACAAGCUUCCCCACCUGUUGUUCUACGGCCCUCCUGGAACAGGAAAGACCUCCACCAUCCUCGCCUGCGCAAGGCAGCUCUACAAGGACAAAGAGUUUAACUCCAUGGUGUUGGAGCUAAAUGCAUCAGACGACAGAGGGAUUGAUGUAGUCCGAGGUCCUAUUCUGAGUUUUGCCAGCACCAGGACUAUUUUCAAAAAGGGCUUCAAGUUGGUGAUACUGGAUGAGGCCGAUGCCAUGACCCAGGAUGCCCAGAAUGCAUUGCGACGAGUCAUUGAGAAGUUCACAGAAAACACUCGAUUCUGCCUGAUCUGCAACUACCUGUCCAAGAUCAUCCCAGCCCUGCAGUCUCGCUGCACCAGGUUCCGCUUUGGCCCGCUGUCUCCGGACCAGAUGAUGCCUCGACUGGAGCACGUUAUCCAGAUGGAAAACAUUGACGCCACUCCAGAUGGAAAGAAGGCCAUAGUCACUCUAUCAACAGGUGAUAUGAGAAGAUCACUCAACAUCCUGCAGAGCACCAGCAUGGCGUAUGGGAAGGUCACAGAGCACACUGUCUACACCUGCACCGGUCAUCCUCUCCGCUCUGACAUAGCCAACAUUCUCGACUGGUGCCUCAACAAAGACUUCACUUCAGCUUACAAACAGGUUCUUGAGCUGAAGACUUUGAAGGGUUUGGCUCUGCAUGAUAUUCUGUCUGAGGUGCAUCUGCUUGUCCACAGAGUGGACUUUCCUCCAGCCAUACGGAUGGGACUUCUUAUCAAAUUAGCCGACAUAGAAUAUCGGCUGGCGGCAGGAACCAAUGAAAAGAUCCAGCUGAGCUCCAUGGUUGCAGCCUUCCAGGCCGUCAGAGACAUGGUGGUCAGUGAAGCCUCUUAAGAGUUAAUCUAGAGGAAAACUGGGCCAAUCACAGCUCUAAUAAAAAACUGGCAAGUAGACAACAGAGCUGCUUCCCAAGCAGAUAUUUUGUACCCAACUUUAAAACACAAACCUGCAACUUAUUGACUUUUCUUGUUCAGAGUAACAAACUGAGAAGUGAGGCUAUAAUGUGCACCAUGAUGAAAUGCUGGUCAAUAUUAGCAAACAAUCCACCCAUCCCUGUUUCAGAAAACAAUUCUUGGAUAAAUGUAAAUGUUUAUUUUCACCUGUUUAAUAAAACUUUAUACUUUA